AAUAAGUGUCCUCCGGUUCUUCCAUUGUCAUAAUCAACCGUCUCUGUAGAAAAUAAAAACAUCAACAUAUAACAAAACGAGUUUUGAGAAAUAGUACAUCAGCAAUGCUGAUUUCAGCGAUGCUGAUUUCAGCAUAAGAUAAAAGCAAAGCAAGUCGUGAACAUAUAAAUACGUGUCUUUUCUUCCUUUCCGUUAUCAUCUUCAACUCAUCAACGUCUUCAAAUGGACCAAAACGUUAAAGAGAUAGGAAACAGUUCCACUCCUGCAGAUAGUGGAGAUCUUCCCUCGGAUGAGGUACUACCAGCCCCAACCGAUGUUCCUCCGCUGCAAGUGACAGAUAGUGGAACAGGAACGAAAAGCAACAGCAAUGGCUCUGAUACCAAAAAUGAAGUGGAGGCAAAUAGAGAAGAGAAGCUUGUGGAGAAAGAAGCUAAGGGAAGUUCGAGGACUAACGUAGAAGACAAGAGAAGCCCUGAGGAUGUGCUGAAGGAGAUGCAAAUGCAAAAGACUCAUGAUCUCUACUGUCCAAACUGCACUCACAACAUCACCAGAACUGCUGAACUAUUUGAAAAGGGAAAAGAGAAGUUUCAAUACAACAAUGAAAAUAUCAUAUUGUCGUUUGUUAUCGUUGUCUCCUUCAAGUACCCUUUCGUCUUCCUGCCAUGGUUGUAUAGCAACACCCCAGGUUUGUAUGUGUUUAGACAUUGGUUUUACGAUGGAGAAAGAUUUUUUUGAGUGACUAGAAGGUUAUUGGCCCAAAGAUUUACACAUUCUCAGACGAAUCUUAAACUAUGUUAAAUUAUUUUUUAUUAAAGGGGCAGAGAGUAGACGUUUCCCUAGAAAAUAUCGAAUAUAUGAUUUUUAGAUUUCUACU